AGUAGGUGGCGACAUCACUUUCUCCAGAAACACAACACAAGUGUCCAACAACUGCUUCCCUCUCAGCUUCAGAUGUGCUCCUCUGAGGUUGAACAGCAAAUGAGAUUCUCGCAGACAACAUCAACUUUGUCGGAAGAGUUCAAGUCCCGAGUCCAAGUUUUGGAUCGGCACAUCCACGGCGGGAAGUGAAGUAAACCCACUAAACAACAACAACAACAACAACAUCAACAACAAAAGCCAGACCACCAACAUGGGAGAGGAACAGUGCUACUACAAUGAAACCAUCGCUUUCUUCUACAACCGCAGUGGCAAAUACUUGGCUACGGACUGGAACACCGUCAGCCGCCUGGUGAUGGGUCUUGGCAUCACGGUGUGCAUCUUCAUCAUGCUCGCCAACCUCCUGGUGAUGAUUGCCAUCUACGUCAACCGGAGAUUUCACUUCCCCAUCUACUACCUGAUGGCUAACCUGGCAGCUGCUGACUUCUUUGCCGGACUGGCCUACUUCUACCUGAUGUUCAACACGGGACCAAACACUCGACGUCUGACCGUUUCCACGUGGCUGCUGCGCCAAGGCUUGAUCGACACCAGCCUGACGGCGUCCGUGGCCAACCUCCUCGCCAUCGCCAUCGAACGUCACAUCACGGUGUUCCGCAUGCAGCUCCACACGCGCAUGAGCAACCGCCGCGUGGUGGUGGUGAUCGUCAUCAUCUGGACCAUGUCUAUUGUCAUGGGGGCCAUCCCGAGCGUGGGCUGGAACUGUAUCUGCAGUCUUAGAUCAUGCUCCAACAUGGCCCCGCUUUAUAGCAACUCCUACCUAGUCUUCUGGGCGGUCUUUAACCUGGUGACGUUUGUUGUCAUGGUGACGCUCUACGCCCACAUCUUUGUCUAUGUGCGCCAAAGGACCAUGCGGAUGUCACGUCACAGCUCCGGACUGCGGCGGAACCGGGACACGAUGAUGUCGCUGCUAAAAACCGUGGCGAUUGUGUUGGGUGCUUUCAUCAUCUGCUGGACCCCCGGCCUGGUCAUCCUCCUCCUGGACGUCUUCUGCGCCAGCUGCAACGUGCUCACCUACGAGAAGUUCUUCCUGCUCCUGGCCGAGUUCAACUCCGCCAUGAACCCCAUCAUCUACUCCUACCGCGACAAGGAGAUGAGCGCCACCUUCCGGCAGAUCCUGUGCUGCCAGCGGCAGGAGAACGUCAACGGGACGGCGGCGGAGGGCUCCGACCGCUCCGCCUCGUCCGUCAACCACACGGUGCUGAGCGGCGGCCUGCACCACCAUCACCACAACAACGAACACUCGGUGGUGUAAAGAAGGCGAGCGUGGAUGUUUGGAAGGGACGGUGAGGAGACGGGGAAACCGCGAGAUGGAUUGUAGAUCGGCGAUGGACGUUGCGGCGGUGGACUCCGCCAAGGAUGAGGAGGCAUUAUCACAAAGACUUGGAAAGGAUGUUAGUAUUUUUUCUUCUGUUUUGAGUUAAAUGUGAAAUGACAGUACAAUAAUCUCCUGUUUACGCCCCAUUGUUACUUCUGUCAGGUUCAAAGAUUUAUGACAUCUAUUAAACAAGACAAGAGGCAAAGAAUUAAACAGAGACAGAAUUCAAUUUGGACUCAAUUGAGGAGAGACGCCCGGGACACUGUAGUCUUGUACAAUCCCCAGCACGCUCUGGCGAAAGAUUGUACCACAUGACCACAGCUGCUUACAGAGGGAAGCGGGUCGUAAACAGCGUUGCCUUUGGUUACAGAAGAGAAAAGAAAAGGUCGUAAACGAGUUCAAAAACAGGUUCGUAAAACAGUUCAAAAAGACGUUCGUAAAACAGGUGAAAAAGGAGGUUCAAAAAGAGGUCGUCUGGAAAUUGGGCAGAUCCUGCCUUCUCUCCGCUUUGAAGUCCUUGGGUUAGAACAAUAUAUUUCUGUUGAUUACCACACGUGAAAGAAAACAGAAAACCCUUCAUGUUGCUUUCCUCCUUACACAGUAGAGUUUUACGAGCUUUGGGAAGUGGGUCGUAAACAGCGUUGCCUUUGGUUACAGAACAGUUCAAAGAAAAGGUUUUUAACUAGUUUAAAAACAGGUUCGUAAAAAAACGUUCAAAAAGACGUUCGUAAAACAGUUGAAAAAGGAGGUUCAAAAAGAGGUCGUCUGGAAAUUGGGCAGAUCAUGCCUUCUCUCCGCUUUGAAGUCCUUGGGUUAGAACAAUAUAUUUCUGUUGAUUACCACACAUGAAAGAAAACAGAAAACCCUUCACGUUUCUUUCCUCCUUACACAGUGUGAGUUUUACGAGCCUUGGGAAGUGGGUCGUAAACAGCGUUGCCUUUGGUUACAGAACAGUUCAAAAGAAAAGGUCGUAAACGAGUUCAAAAACAGGUUCAUAAAAAACAGUUAAAAAAGGCGUUCGUAAAACAGUUGAAAAAGGAGGUUCAAAAAGAGGUCGUCUGGAAAUUGGGCAGAUACUGCCUUCUCUCCGCUUUGAAGUCCCUGGCUUAGAACAAUAUAUUUCUGUUGAUUACCACACAUGAAAGAAAACAGAAAACCCUUCACGUUGCUUUCCUCCUUACACAGUGGAGUUUUACGAGCCUUGGGAAGUGGGUCGUAAACAGCGUUGCCUUUGGUUACAGAACAGUUCAAAAGAAAAGGUCGUUAACGAGUUUAAAAACAGGUUCGUAAAAAAACUUUCAAAAAGACGUUCGUAAAACAGUUGAAAAAGGAGGUUCAAAAAGAGGUCGUCUGGAAAUUGGGCAGAUCCUGCCUUCUCUCCGCUUUGAAGUCCUUGGGUUAGAACAAUAUAUUUCUGUUGAUUACCACACAUGAAAUGAAAACAGGAAACCGUUCACGUUGCUUUCCCCCUUACACAGUGGAGUUUUACGAGCCUUGGGAAGUGGGUCGUAAACAGCGUUGCCUUUGGUUACAGAACAGUUCAAAAGAAAAGGUUGUUAACGAGUUUAAAAACAGGUUCGUAAAUCAGUUCAAAAAGACGUUCGUAAAACAGUUGAAUAAGGAGGUUCAAAAAGAGGUCGUCUGGAAAUUGGGCAGAUCCUGCCUUCUCUCCGCUUUGAAGUCCUUGGGUUAGAACAAUAUAUUUCUGUUGAUUACCACACAUGAAAGAAAACAGAAAACCCUUCAUGUUUCUUUCCCCCUUACACAGUGGAGUUUUACGAGCCUUGGGAAGUGGGUCGUAAACAGCGUUGCCUUUGGUUACAGAACAGUUCAAAAGAAAAGGUUGUUAACGAGUUUAAAAACAGGUUCGUAAAAAACGUUCUAAAAGACGUUCGUAAAAGAGUUGAAAAAGGAGGUUCAAAAAGAGGUUGUCUGGAAAUUGGGCAGAUCCUGCCUUCUCUCCGCUUUGAAGUCCUUGGGUUAGAACAAUAUAUUUCUGUUGAUUACCACACAUGAAAGAAAACAGGAAACCGUUCACGUUGCUUUCCCCCUUACACAGUGGAGUUUUACGAGCCUUGGGAAGUGGGUCGUAAACAGCGUUGCCUUUGGUUACAGAACAGUUCAAAAGAAAAGGUUUUUAACGAGUUUAAAAACAGGUUCGUAAAAAAACGUUCAAAAAGACGUUCGUAAAACAGUUGAAAAAGGAGGUUCAAAAAGAGGUCGUCUGGAAAUUGGGCUGAUCGUGCCUUCUCUCCGCUUUGAAGUCCUUGGGUUAGAACAAUAUAUUUCUGUUGAUUACCACACAUGAAAGAAAACAGAAAACCCUUCACGUUUCUUUCCUCCUUACACAGUGUGAGUUUUACGAGCCUUGGGAAGUGGGUCGUAAACAGCGUUGCCUUUGGUUACAGAACAGUUCAAAAGAAAAGGUCGUAAACGAGUUCAAAAACAGGUUCGUAAAAAACAGUUCAAAAAGGCGUUCGUAAAACAGUUCAAAAAGGAGGUUCAAAAAGAGGUCGUCUGGAAAUUGGCCAGAUCCUGCCUUCUCUCCGCUUUUAAGUCCUUGGGUUAGAACAAUAUAUUUCUGUUGAUUACCACACAUGAAAGAAAACAGAAAACCCUUCACGUUGCUUUCCCCCUUACACAGUGGAGUUUUACGAGCCUUGGGAAGUGGGUCGUAAACAGCGUUGCCUUUGGUUACAGAACAGUUCAAAAGAAAAGGUCGUAAACGAGUUCAAAAACAGGUUCGUAAAAAACAGUUCAAAAAGACGUUCGUAAAACAGUUGAAAAAGGAGGUUCAAAAAGAGGUCGUCUGGAAAUUGGGCAGAUCCUGCCUUCUCUCCGCUUUGAAGUCCUUGGGUUAGAACAAUAUCUUUCUGUUGAUUACCAUACUUGAAAGAAAACAGAAAACUCUUCAUGUUCCUUUCCCCCUUACACAGGGGAGUUUUACGACCCUUGGGAAGUGGGUCGUAAACAGCGUUGCCUUUGGUUACAGAACAGUUCAAAAGAAAAGGUCGUAAACGAGUUCAAAAACAGGUUCGUAAAAAACAGUUCAAAAAGGCGUUCGUAAAACAGUUGAAAAAGGAGGUUCAAAAAGAGGUCGUCUGGAAAUUGGGCAGAUCCUGCCUUCUCUCUGCUUUGAAGUCCUUGGGUUAGAACAAUAUAUUUCUGUUGAUUACCACACAUGAAAGAAAACAGAAAACCCUUCACGUUGCUUUCCCCCUUACACAGUGGAGUUUUACCAGCCUUGGGAAGUGGGUCGUAAACAGCGUUGCCUUUGGUUACAGAACAGUUCAAAAGAAAAGGUUGUAAACAAGUUUAAAAACAGGUUUGUAAAAAAACGUUCAAAAAGACGUUCGUAAAACAGUUGAAAAAGGAGGUUCAAAAAGAGGUCGUCUGGAAAUUGGGCAGAUCCUACCUUCUCUCCGCUUUGAAGUCCUUGGGUUACAACAAUAUAUUUCUGUUGAUUACCACACUUGAAAGAAAACAGAAAACUCUUCAUGUUUCUUUCCUCCUUACACAGUGGAGUUUUACGAGCCUUGGGAAGUGGGUCGUAAACAGCGUUGCCUUUGGUUACAGAACAGUUCAAAAGAAAAGGUUGUUAACGAGUUCAAAAACAGGUUCGUAAAAAACAGUUCAAAAAGGCGUUCGUAAAACAGUUGAAAAAGGAGGUUCAAAAAGAGGUCGUCUGGAAAUUGGGCAGAUCCUGCCUUCUCUCCGCUUUGAAGUCCUUGGGUUAGAACAAUAUAUUUCUGUUGAUUACCACACAUGAAAGAAAACAGAAAACCCUUCAUGUUGCUUUCCCCCUUACUCAGUGGAGUUUUACGAGCCUUCUUCUUGGUAGGUUUCAAAGACAGCUUUUGUCUUCUUGCCGGGCACUCGAUGUAACACAAAGUUUUUGUGAUAACUUACAAACAAUUAUUCGAACCACUUCCAUCAAGGUUUUUGUUUUGAUUAGUCUAGCCAACAGGAUUACGGGACAACUACUUCUAACGCACGCUCGUGCAGGAAUUACUUCUCAAGAACCAAAAUGGUACAUUCCACUUUGCCGGUCCACUACUGACAGUCCACAGAGAGCUGGCUGUUUAGCAUCAGCAAGCGUCUGAGUCACUGAACCGUGAGUGGAACAAUCCACGCACAAAAACAGCCAUUUGUAACUUUUCUUACAUGAAGCAGGGACAAACAAACCCCAGUAAUGGCGCUUGGCGGAAUGUGACCCACUUUCUACGGGGCGGGGUGGGGGGGGGGGGUGCCAU